CUCGCUAGCACAGCGGAAGAAAAUGGCGGCCGUGGCCACCGAGCCAGGAGCUGCGGCGAUUCGGACGGCAGCGACGACCGACGACGGCUCACUGGAACCGAGCUUGAGCGGCCAGGGGGGCAUUUUAGACUCCCAGGAGCCCGAAGGAGUGCCUGAACCCGAGCCAGCCGUGGCGCCCGAGCUGGCCGCGGAGUUGUUUAGCGCUCGCUUGGGAGACAGUAGCGACGGGGAGGAGCGCCGCCAUGUCAGGCUGGAGCCGGAGCUGGACCCCGCGGUGGGAAAAGUCCAAGGUGAGGUCGCCGCGGGCGACGCGCUCGUCCACAACCGGAGCGCCAGCUUAAGUCUCGGGGAAGCGUCAUGGAGUGACUCGGCGCAGGCGGCCUACUGUAGCAUCCUCGCGCAGCCCAAGCCCUCCUCCUCCGCCGUCUUCCUGCACUCCUUCCCGGCCCCCCGUCACCCGCCCGGCGCCGAGGCUGGCCUUUCGCUAGCGGAACCGGCGGAACCGACCACGAACGCCGCGGACCAGGACCGAGGCUACCCGACUUCUGUCCAACCCGAGCAGAAGCCCGUUGCUAGCCAAGACGCCGGAUUGGUCGGUACCGCGGACGCGAAUCCGGAUUCCGAGGGGAGGGGCCCGUGUUGCGUGGACCUGACACCGGACGUCAAGCCUUCCGAAGUCUCGGUGGGAGCUGAAACCGUGUCGUGCGCGACGCGGCACGGCGGCUGCGUGCAGGACCUGAGCCUCAGCCUCGGCUCCGAGGUUCGGGUCUCCUUGGACCACGUCAUCGAUGACGCGCUGGUUGUGUCGUUCCGGGUGGGCGAGAAGCUCUUCUCCGGCGUUCUCAUGGACAUUUCCAAAAGGUUCGGACCAUACGGAAUUCCCAUUACGCCCUUUCCCCGGCGGGAAGACCAGAGUCGACCUCAGAGGGACGCCAUCCCUGCGGAGGCCCCUGUGUCCCCCAAGCAGGAAGUGGCCACGGAUGAUGAUGCGACGCCUUGCCCGUGGAGCUCCAAGCCGCCCCCGCUGUUCCAGGAGGGGGCGCCAUACCCGCCCCCGCUGUUCAUCAGGGACACCUACAACCAGGCGUUACCUCAGCCGCUGCCCCGGAAGAUCAAGAGGCCCAAGCGGCGCUACCGCUGCGAGGAGCCAACCUCAAUCAUGAACGCCAUCAAGCUGCGCCCCCGCCAGGUGCUGUGCGACAAGUGCAAAGGCGUGGUGGUGGCGGCCGGCCGCCGGCCGGGCACCGUAGACCUGAGAGGCGAAGAGGUGUCGCGGCGACGGAAAGCGGCGGAAGGGCCUGUCUCGGCUGAAGUCAAGCGACUAAGGAGUGACGACAAGGGCAGUCGCAGCGACAGACGCGCCCCAUCGGGGAUCCGAGAGUCCGCUGCCGCGUCCUCGCCUCGUGUCCUGCGGGCUGUGUCCUCGUCCAUGCGUCUGAAGCUUAACUCUAAGAAGGUUCUCCCCAAAGGAACCCCAGCGGAUCGCUCCAAAACUCACCAGGUUCUCAAGAAGCUGGCGCGGAACUCGCAGCCGUCACCGCCGCCUCUGCCGCUUGGGGAGAACCAGGACAGAGAGGCCGGAGGCGGUGGUGGCAAAGCCUUGACGCGCGCCGCCGCCUUGCAAAACCACAACCAAAACCAGAAGGUCCACUUCACCCGCCGCCUGCAGCACCUUAGCACCACCCUGGUGGGCCCCGCCUCGCACACUGCGCUGCCGCCUCGAAUGCGCCUCAAACCCCAAAGGUAUCGUACCGACGACCCUCAGGCCACACCCUCCUCUUCCUCCUUCUCCUCUUCCUCCUCUUCCUCGCCUCCCAAACACGCUCGCUCAGCCACCUCUAGCCCCAAGCUUCCCGCACACGAGCCCGCACCGCCCUCACCGCGCCUCGCCCCCAGUCCUACGCCGCCCGCUUCUAUUUAUGCUGCUACGGAGGCCGAGGAGGCUCCACCUCCUUCCCACCUCCCGCACCACAGCGUCUCGGAGACCGUAGACCCGGUUUCCUUAGUGCCCCCCUGCCCGGCUUCCGCCGAGGCGCUGGUCGGCGACGAGGAAGGAGGUGAACUGAAACGGCAUCGCAAGUCUUCCACGUCGUCCUCCUCUUCCUCGUCGUCGACGACAACUUCGUCGUCUGUUUUCUCCAAGUCGGUGUCCAAAUGUCUGCUGCCCGACGGGCGCACCGUGUGCGUGGGCGACAUCGUGUGGGCCAAAAUCUACGGGUUCCCCUGGUGGCCGGCGCGGGUGCUGGGCAUCACGGUGGCUCGGCGGGCCAAUGCCGUGUUGGCGGCGCGGCAAGAGGCGCGGGUGGCCUGGUUCGGCUCGCCCACCACCUCCUUCCUGCCGCUCUCGCAGCUGUCCCCCUUCCUGGAGAGCUUCCAGUCGCGCUUCGACAGGAAGCGGAAGGGCCCGUACCGUCGCGCCAUCUCCGAGGCCGCCAGCGCCGCCAAGCAGCUGACGCCCGAAGUGCGUGCGCUGCUCACGCAGUUUGAAACGUAGCAGUAGAACGGGACGCCGCCGCUGUUCUGAGCGAGCGAGCGAGCGAGGUUGAAGAUUUUUGGGGACGCGUGCAUUUUAUGGUUUGUUUGGGCUUUGUUGUUUUCAUGCUGUGACGAAGACAAAGAACUAAUAGAAGCUGUGAAACCGUUCUCCAAACUGAGGUCAUGGGGUUGGAGUUGUCAUUCCCACUCUGAGCCAGUUUGCCAGGACCCCCCCCCCCCCACCUCCCCCCAUGAUGAUGAUCACAAAUAGUGUAUUUUCCCUCUCUGUUUGUCUCCUGCUCCAUUUUGGGGAAAAAAAAUCCAUCUGUUUGCAGAUUAGUAAUUCAGAACAAAAACGAGUUUGUGGAAAUGUCCCCCCCCCCCCCUUUCUCUGAUGUUCCAAAUCUUAAAUAAAACUUCCUUUUGAAUUGUG